GGCCCGGCCGGGCGGCGUUAGCCAUGGCCGGGGGGCCGGGGCCGCGCCCGGGCGAGCCCGCGGUGCCUGGCGCGCAGCACUUCUUGUACGAAGUGCCGCCCUGGGUCAUGUGCCGCUUCUACAAAGUCAUGGACGCCCUGGAGCCCGCCGACUGGUGCCAGUUCGCGGCCCUCAUCGUGCGCGACCAGACCGAGCUGCGGUUGUGCGAGCGCUCCGGGCAGCGCACGGCCAGCGUCCUGUGGCCCUGGAUGAACCGCAAUGCGCGCGUGGCCGACCUCGUGCGCAUCCUCACACACCUGCAGCUGCUGCGCGCUCGGGACAUCAUCGCGGCCUGGCACCCCCCCACCCCCCUGCCACCCCCGAGCGCCACCGCCCCGGAGCCCAGCGACAGCGGCUCUGCCCCCUCGGAGGCCAAGGCCCCGGGUCCCCGGAAGUGGCAGUCCUCAGCCUCCACCGUGCCCUCCCCAGCUUUGCCAGGCUCCCAGCCCCACUCUGGGCCUGACCUGUGCCCUGUCCCGAGCCCUGCCGCCCACCAGCCACCACUGCCAUCGCCAACCCCUCCCUCCACCAAGCAGCCCAGCGUGGGGUCCCUGCUGCAGGGGCCCGGGCCCGGCCCCUUCUGCUGGCCCCUCCGCGAGAUCGCCCAAGGCACCCACGACUUCUCGGAGGAGCUGCGCAUCGGCGAGGGCGGCUUCGGCUGCGUGUACCGCGCGGUCAUGAGGAACACCACAUACGCCGUGAAGAGGCUCAAGGAGGAGGCCAACCUGGAGUGGACCGUGGUGAAGCAGAGCUUCCUGACCGAGGUGGAACAGCUGUCAAGGUUUAGGCACCCGAACAUCGUAGACUUGGCUGGCUACUGUGCCGAGAGCGGCUUCUACUGUCUCGUCUAUGGCUUCCUGCCCAACGGCUCCCUGGAGGACCGCCUCCACUUUCAGGGCUUCCUGCCUCUCUCGUGGCCACAGAGACUGGACAUCCUGCUGGGCACAGCCCGGGCCAUUCAGUUUCUACAUCAGCACAACCCCAGCCUCAUCCAUGGUGACAUCAAGAGUUCCAAUGUCCUUCUGGAUGACAGGCUGAUGCCCAAGCUGGGGGACUUCGGCCUGGCACGGUUCAGCCGCUUCUCAGGGGCCACACCAGGCCAGAGCAGUGCCGUGGCACGGACACACACAGUUCGAGGCACCCUGGCCUACCUGCCAGAGGAGUACAUCAAGACAGGCAGGCUGGCUGUGGACACAGACACCUUCAGCUUCGGGGUGGUUGUGCUCGAGACCCUGGCCGGCCAGCGAGCCGUGAGGACACACGGGGCCAGGACCAAGUAUCUGAAGGACCUGGUGGAGGAGGAGGCUGAGGAGACCGGGGUGACCCUGAAGAGCGCCCAGACCGAGCUCCAGGCUGCAGACGCCUGGGCCGCGCCCAUCGCUGCCCAGAUCUGCAAGAAGCACCUGGACCCCAGGGCUGGGCUGUGCCUGCCCCAGCUGGGCCUGGCCCUCGGGCAGCUGGCCUGCUGCUGCCUGCACCGCCGGGCCAAGCGGAGACCCCCCAUGACCCAGGUGUACGAGCGGCUGGAGAGGCUGCAAGCAGCUUUGGCUGUGCCUCUCUGGGAGCCAGAGGCCACUGGCCGGGGUCCCCCGUCCCCCCAGGAGAACUCCUAUGUGUCCAGCAGCAGCUCCCAGAGUGAGGGUGCCCCGCCACAGCCCCUGCCAGCACCCUUGGGUGUGCCUGCCCACGCUGCCGCGCAGCCCCGCCAGAGCCCCAACCAGCCUGUGGAGAGCGAUGACAGUCUGUCAGGCCUCUCUGGCAUCCUGCACUCCUGGCACCUGAGCCCCAGCUGCCCCCUGGGGCCCGUGCCCCUCCGAGAGGCUGGCACCGCCCGAGAGUCCAGCUGGGGGAGCAGCCCGGGCCUGGGGCCCACGGCUACAGAAGGGUCCCCCCUGGGCAGCCCUGCCUCCACGUCCCAGCCCCUGCACAUCAUCAUCAACCCAGCCCGGCAGAGGAUGGUGCACAAGCUGGCUCUGUACGAGGGUGGCAUCCUGGACAGCCUGCAGCUGCUGUCAUCCAGCUCUCUGCCAGACUUGAGCCUGGAACCUGGAAACAGACAGGGGCCUGAAGAGAGUGACGAAUUCCAGAGCUGAUGUGUUGCUGGGGCGCGUCCCCAGCCCCGGAAGUCAAAGUUCUCAUGGUCGGAAGUUCUCAUGGGGCAUGGGCCUUCUGCUGCCCCAGGACUGUGGGCACGGGCAGCAUGGUGGCCACACAGUGUGCGAUGUCUCGGGCUGCCCCACGCAGUGCUGCGGUGGGUCCAGCAGGGAAAUCCGAACCCGCAUCCCUGCACUUGGCGCCACAGUCAGGAAGGCAAGCAACAGGCAGAGCCCUGCUGUGGGUGCUUGGUGUCACCACCUGCCGGCCAGGCCACCCUGGGCCACCGCACAUAGCCCCGGCCCAGCCAGGGGCUGUCACCCACUUGGGCAGGAAGUUGCAGAAGCAAGGCCCAUCUGGCGCGAGCAAGUGUCUCUCAUGUCCUCACCAGCGGCCCCGGCGGGUUGCGUUCCAAGCAGCAGUCACACUACAAGGCCAGAAGCUGGGCGUCAGUGACAGCCAGGUUGUCCUUCAGUAAUAAAGACUUCAUCUUCCCA